AUGGCAGAGUUGAAGUACAUUUCUGGAUUUGGUAAUGAGUGUGCCUCAGAGGAUCCUCGCUGCCCAGGUGCCCUGCCAGAAGGACAGAAUAAUCCUCAAGUUUGCCCUUACAAUCUGUAUGCUGAGCAGCUCUCAGGAUCAGCUUUCACUUGUCCACGGAGCAGCAAUAAAAGAAGCUGGCUAUAUAGGAUUCUACCUUCGGUUUCUCACAAGCCUUUUGAAUCCAUUGACCAAGGCCAUGUCACUCACAACUGGGAUGAAGUUGAUCUUGAUCCUAACCAGCUGAGAUGGAAACCAUUUGAGAUUCCAAAAGCCUCUCAGAAGAAAGUGGACUUCGUGAGUGGCCUGCACACCUUGUGUGGAGCUGGAGACAUCAGGUCUAACAAUGGGCUUGCUGUCCACAUUUUCCUCUGCAACACCUCCAUGGGGAACAGAUGCUUUUACAGUUCAGAUGGAGACUUCUUGAUUGUUCCCCAGAAAGGGAAACUUCUCAUUUACACGGAGUUUGGCAAGAUGCUUGUUCAGCCCAACGAGAUAUGCGUCAUUCAGAGAGGAAUGCGAUUCAGCAUAGAUGUCUUCGAGGAGACCAGGGGCUACAUCCUGGAGGUCUACGGCGUCCACUUUGAGUUGCCUGACCUGGGACCGAUUGGAGCCAAUGGCUUGGCCAAUCCUCGUGAUUUCUUGAUACCUGUUGCCUGGUAUGAAGAUCACCAAGUGCCAGGUGGUUACACUGUGAUUAAUAAAUACCAGGGCAAGAUGUUUGCUGCCAAACAGGAUGUCUCCCCGUUCAAUGUUGUGGCCUGGCAUGGGAAUUAUACGCCUUACAAGUACAACUUGGAGAACUUCAUGGUCAUCAACUCAGUGGCCUUUGACCACGCAGACCCAUCCAUUUUCACAGUAUUGACUGCCAAGUCUGUCCGCCCCGGAGUGGCCAUCGCUGAUUUUGUCAUCUUCCCACCGCGAUGGGGAGUUGCUGAUAAGACCUUCAGGCCUCCUUAUUACCACAGGAACUGCAUGAGUGAAUUCAUGGGACUCAUCAAAGGUCACUAUGAGGCAAAGCAAGGUGGGUUCCUGCCAGGGGGAGGCAGCCUUCACAGCCCAAUGACGCCCCAUGGGCCUGAUGCCGACUGCUUUGAGAAGGCCAGUAAAGCCAAGCUGGCACCUGAGAGGAUUGCUGAUGGCACCAUGGCAUUUAUGUUUGAGUCUUCUCUAAGUAUGGCCGUCACCAAGUGGGGGCUGAAGACCUCUAAUUGUUUGGAUGAGAACUACUACAAGUGCUGGGAACCUCUCAAGAGCCACUUCACCCCCAAUUCCAGGAACCCUGCAGGAACUAAUUGA